GGCAUUCUCCUUCCUUCAUUUACUCACCUGACACAGCAGACACAGACAGAAAGUCUUGGUCAACAUGGCUUCCACCUACUCCACCCGCAGCAGCUACAUGUCCUCCAGCGGCUCGACGCGUAUAUCCACGUCAAGCGUAGGAAGCAGGAGCGUGAGCACUGUGAGGGCCGGCAGCGUGUACGGUGGUGCAGGAGGUUCAGGGGUCCGCAUCUCCAAGGCCACUUACUCUGUUGGAGGUUUCAGCGCGUCAGGAUUUGCAGACAAUAGCAUCACUGCCAACGGGAAACUCACCAUGCAGACCCUCAAUGACCGUCUGGCUGCUUACCUGGUCAAAGUGCGUUCACUGGAGAAGGCCAACACUGAUCUGGAGCUGAAGAUCCGCCAGUUUCUAGAUGGCAAAACCUCCCCUGUUGCUCGUGACUACAGUGCCUACUUUGUCACCAUACAGGAUCUUCAGGCUAAGAUCAUGGCAGCCAUUCACCUGAAGGGUGGAAUCCAUCUCAGCAUUGACAACACCAGCCUGGCGAUGAAUGAUUUCAAAAUGAAAUAUGAAACCGAGCUGGCCAUGCGUCAGUCAGUGGAAGCAGACAUUGCUGGCCUGAAGAGGGUGCUUGAUGAGCUCAACAUCACCAGAAAAGACCUCACCAUGCAGAUCGAAGGGCUGAAGGAGGAGCUGGUCUAUCUGAAGAAGAAUCAUGAGGAGGAUAUGUUGGGCGCACGCACACAAAUGAGCGGACAGGUUCAUGUCGAGGUCGAUGCAGCUCCACAGCAAGAUCUCACCAAGAUCCUGGCAGAAAUCCGUGAGCACUACGAAACAGUCACAGCGAAAAACCAAAGAGACCUGGAGUACUGGUUCAAGACAAAGAUGGAAACUCUGAAACAAGAGGUUGUCACCAGCACCACAGACCUGAAAACAUCUCGCACUGAAAUCAAUACGGUCAAAUCCACACUACAGUCUUUGGAGAUCGAACUCCAGUCCCUCUUAGCUGUGAAAGCAUCUUUGGAGGCCACAUUGAAUGACACCAAGAAUCGUUAUUCCAUGAAGCUGUCUGGCUACCAACAUCAGGUCACCAUCCUGGAAGAGCAGAUAGUCCAACUCCGUGCCGAUCUGGAGCGCCAGCGUCAGGAGUACCAGAUACUCCUGGACAUCAAGACCAGACUGGAGAUGGAGAUCGCCGAGUACAAGAGACUGCUGGAUGGAGAAGCCACAGUCAAAAAAACCUCCAGUUCCACCUCGAGGACAAAAGUCAUCACAGUUGUGGAAGAGGUUGUAGAUGGAAAAGUGGUCUCCAGCUCCACAUCCUCAUCCAUGUCUGACAUUCGCAGACUUUGAUUGGCUGUAAUGCCUGUUUGUGUUUGCAGAAUGCACAAAACUGGAAACCAAAUAAAAUAAAAGAGUUUUAUUCCUUUAAUUAUGCAUAUUGAGUUCAACUACUUAAUCUUAAAAGUGUGAUUACAUUUUGAAUAAUAAUAAUAAAGUCAUUUAAAAAUAUUAAUACAUUGAAUACAACUGUUUUAUUAAAAAUGAAAUUUUAUUCUGCUGAAAACGAUUACCUUUAAUUAGUUUAUUUAAUUAUUAAAUUACCUUUUUGCAGAAAUUAUAGGCCUACAAUUCUAUCUACAUCUAGGGAAGCCAGUAUAAUUACACAUCUUACUUUUAAUUUCACAUUUUUAAACCCUCAUCUAUUAUCGUUUAUUUAGACGUAGGAUAAAAAAAUAUAUAUUUUAAAAAACCUGAAAUUAAAAAGAAAAUGGGGAAAUGGUAA